UUGAUUAUAAGAUUAAUCGUUAAGAUGGUACUAUUAAUCUGAAUAAAGACGAUUCAGCGACUUCCGGUUGCGAUUCCGACGAUCUAGCAUAGUGUCAGCAGGUCGCCGGGUUUCAGUGUCGGAGAACUCCCGUGGUAGUUUUUUGGAUUCUCCAAUUUUAUUUAUUUAUUUUUCCGGUGCUAAAAAUCUUGGAUUUAGUCCAUGGGACUGGAAUUCAGACGCCGGAACUAUAGGGCUGAAGAGCAGGCCCACUCGCUCCCCAGAACGCCUGUCAAUACGCACCCUCUCUCUGCUCCUCGUUCCCUACCCCUCCAGGUGAAGGAAUCAGAUAGUAGGAAAGAUGACUUCGUUGAUCCACUUAGGGCCGCCGACGCAUCCAAAAAUGUCUCUACCAGUGAUAUGGGUGAGGAAGGUGAUAUUUUCGAGGAACAUUCAUCCCUUGACAUGUCUGCUCAACUGAAAGCUAAGAAGGACUGGAUUUUCUUUAAGAAAAUUUUGCUGCAGCGAUUUCCUGCUUCUAAAACAACUCCGAUGUCACUGGUUUCCAGCGUUUUAUUCAGGGAUAACAAAGUUGAGAAAUCAUCCAAAUAUUUGCCUUCUGAGGAGUGGAAUGAUCACACAAAAUUUGAUGAAGAGGAGGUUAAAGUUAUCAGUCAGCAGGAGUGCCUCUCUAAUUUGCAGGAACUCAAAGAUGAAAUUAAUCGGUCCUGGCGUGCAGGUGAUCGGGUGACAUCGUUAAGGUUAUCGAUUAAGGUUGCUAGGCUUCUAAUGGACGCAUCAAUAAUCCAGUUUUAUCCAACACUUUUUGUUUUAGCAACCGAUAUAUUUGACAUGCUUGGUGAGCUUGUGUGGAACCGUGUAAAGCAAAAAGCUGAGAUAACUGAUGAAGGUGAAUCCAUUUGCUCACUGCCAGAUAACUUCAAAGCAACAGAUAUAUGCUUUGAUGCCAAGGAGACCUGCAACAAUUGGUUUAACAAAAUUGGGUCUGUUUAUGAACUGCUUCCGCGCAUAAUAUUUUCCAGCUAUUUGGAGCUUGCAAUAUUGCAUUGCUGGCGUUUUCUUCAUGACCAUCCAGAAAAUAAACUUCAACGAUUGGUUAUGAUGACAAGGGGCAUUGCUGAUCCGCUGGCAUCAGCCUAUUGCCGCUUGUAUUUGGUUCAAUGUGCACAGAGACUGCCUCAACAUGAUACUGGUUCUCUGAUCACUUGUAUUAAUGAUUUAAAAUUGCUGUUAAUGCGCCUCACUAUGCAAAGAGAAACCAUGUCUGAGAAUGUUUCUGGAAAAAGUGAACUUCUCCUUAAUCUGAUUGAGCCUACUAUUGAGUACAUCACAAGGUGCCUGUUCAAGGAUAAAAAACAGAUGGAAAUUAAUGAUAUGCUUGUGGCACUCGGAAUGUGGAGGAACCUGUCAGUAUCAUCUGAAGGCUGCUAUUGCAUCUCAAUCAUCCUUCAUUAUGUACUCAAGGAACUUCCAGUGAGAUUUAUAUGUUCCAAUGCCAUGGACAUCAUGAAGGUCAUAGAAUGUACGAAUGAUAGCACUUUUGUUCAGCAUUUGAAUCUCAACUUACUUGGACAUAGGUUGUGUGAAAGGAUACCAGAAGUGAGCAACGUCAAUUUGGUCCUGGAUAAAAUUAUGCAGGUUCUUCCAGGUUAUAACAACCUUGAUGCAUACUUGAUGGUUGUAGAUGCAUAUUUGGAUAUGAUCAUGGACAAUCAUUUGGACAAUCUUUUAAAGGCAAUUUUGGCUGGUAUAUUUGUACGCAUGCAAGAAGCGAAUAUUGGUGAAAAUGAACUGGUUAUGCUGGAGUCAAUUUUCUUGAAAUAUCUCACUCAUUUUUCCAACAUAGAAAGCAUAAUAUCACUGGACCAUUUUGUUGAAAUCUUAGACAUGAUGCAUGGGAGAUCAAGAAAUUCUGUAAAUAUGCAGAUCCUCAAUAUGGCUACAAGGAAUGGCCAAAUUCGAGAUCCAACAGUCAUUGAAGUUCUAUUUGAACUUGCGCAGGCAUUAUAUGAAGGCUUAGACUUCUCAAACAUGAGGAAGGAUGAUAAUCAACACCCUUCUCAUGUCAUUUCUCGAUUCGUCUAUAUGGUUGGCUUUGGAACAGAUGUUGAAAGCCAAUUAAAAUUCCUUGGUCAAUGCCGCGGUGCUUUUUCUUGCAUUAGUGAGCUCCAGGAGAUACUUGUCCAUUCCUGCAACAACUUAGCCGUUCAAACAAUGAAAGAUGGACGUAGUAGUAUCACCUUUGUCAAAUCAUGUCUGGCUUUUAAUGAAGUUACCAUUCCUGCCAUUCCUACCAACUUAAGACAGCUGAGGUUAUAUCUUGCAACUGCAGAGGUUGCAUUACUUGGUGGUUUUAUUUCUCAUUUGGAUGGACUUAUUGACGCAGCGGUGCAUUGUUUCCAAAAUAUCGAUGGUGGACCACCUGCGCCUGAAGAGGUUGAUUUGAUUGUUUCACUGAUGUGCAAGUUAUGUGGAAUGUUGGUUGUUGUUCCAGGUAACCCUGAACAAGGACUGGCCUGCAUUCCCAAGCAUAUAUUGUCUUUCCUAGACUCUCGUUCAUGGAUAUUACCUAGAAUGAAGACUAAGGUUUUAUCUGCAGUCAUUUUCUUGUCUGCAGCAUUGUCCCAGGAUGAACUUUUGUACCACGCUGCCAGUGUGCAGGUUCUGGGUAACCACCAAUUGUUACACGGAGUACAGCUCUGCCAUCAAGAGCUGUUGUCAUUAUCAGCCGCUGCUCUACAGGACAUACUAAACAUCACAGUGAAAGAACCUUCCAUGGUUGUCCGAGGAAAGAUGGCCCUUGAAGCAUGUACCUGUGUAGCUUCAUCCUUUGCAUUGUGUGAUGAAACAUUGGAAGCAUGCUCCAAGUUGGUGGAAAUUGCCAUAUCAUGCUUGGGCGUUGGUGACAAGUUUCUUCAGUCUACAUUAAUGUUUAUGGAUUCCCACUAUGGCUUCAAACCAGGUAAACCAUUUUAAACCUCAUAUUUUUGUACUAUAAUUUUUAACUUUGAACAUGAUUUCUUUAUGAUCAAGGAAUGAUUCUGGGUUUUAUCAAUGCCACAAUUGUUGUUCUUUUUUGUAAAUCACUAUUAAUUUAUUAAUAUUUAGUUUACUUAGCCAACUGCUCUCAGCACUGCCUUAAUUUUAUUGGUUGGUAUCUGGAAAUUUUCAUGUAAUAAUUUACACUCCAGUCUUGGUCAAUGACCAGAAUUCAGAAAUUGCUUUAGUCUGGAGGGCAUGGAAUAUCUGAAUUGACUAAAGAAUAAUAC